UCCGCAGGCACACUCGUCAAGUGUGAUGCGUCUAUCAAAGCAAUGCUCGUCAAAAUGGACGAGGAAAACCAGCAUGAAUUCAUCAUCGAAGACCUUGAUGAAGAGCACGUGUUAGUCAAGGACUCCAAGCUCGCAGAGCUCAAGCAGCGCCUGCAGAAUAUGAUGAAAGAACGUCUCAAGGAGCCUGAGAGCUCGGAUUCCGAUUAG